CCGUACCGUUUCCCUCACUACUUGCAACAAAAGACUAAAACCACUCAACGAGCACCAUAUCACCUCUUUGUGCUCCUCUGUUUGUCCAAAGGCAAAUUACAGACGCCCUGGUUGCCGCUGGCUACAUCUACUGGCCUCUAGCUUCCAGCAGUGUGUUGCUGUGCUCCAAAUGGCCGCUAGCUGCCUCCUAUCGGUGGCCAGGUGACCGGAGAGGUUCCGCACAAGCAUCUCCAAGAGUUUGCUAUUUUUAGCUUGCUAAAUUGUGAUGUUUGGCAACUCCGUAAAAAAAAUAGCAAGUGAAUAGAGUAUCUCCAAGAGUUUGCCAAUUUAGACUUAUCAAACCACAAAAAAUAGGCCCAGCAGUAUAACCGUCGGGAGGCUUUCGUGAUUGCUGGUCGCGGGGAGAUUGCGGCGGCGUGGAGACAGGGCGCCUUCGUGAGAUCAAGGCUGCGUGAGUCUCCCUCCUUCGUGAGAUCAACCAGCGUCAGUCCCUCCAUCGUUACAUCAAGGCAGCAGGGUGCGUGACUCCCUCGCACAGGAAUCAUGCCUAGGAAGAGAUCUCUUUUCCAAAAACAAUUGGAUGAUUCAUCAUCCGAUGACGAUUGUUCUAUAAUAUUAUCGACUGCUCAAAUUUUACAAAUCGCUAGCAAGGAAAAAGGGCCACAUGGUGGAUCUGUCAAAGGUCACAAAGUUAUUUACCGUGAUAGAGAAGCCGGCCAUGAAAGGAUGUAUCAAGAUUAUUUGGCUGAGAAUCCAACAUAUGGGUCCGAAUUAUUCCGUAGAAGGUACCGGAUGUCUAGAAAUCUUUUCUUACACAUAAUGAGUGAUGUAGAAGACCACGAUGACUACUUUGUGCAGAAAAGGAAUGCAGCUAAUGUUUUUGGCUUGAGUUGCUUCCAAAAAGUCACUGCGGCAAUGCGUAUGCUGACUUAUGGAACAGCUGCUGAUGCGGCAGAUGAGUAUGCUCGUAUUGGUGAAAGUACAACACUAGAGAGCCUGCGUCACUUCGUUCGUGCAGCUGUUGAGCUGUAUGAAGAUGAAUACCUCAGACAACCCAAUGAGACGGACACAGCACGAUUACUUGCUAUGGGUGAGAUUUUGGUUGGCCCGGUGGAGGGGAUCUUUGCUAGCAACCAACCAUGCUUCACAAACAAGUUCGUCUUCUUCGACAUUAAAAUUUUUGGACGUCUUCGUUCCUUGAUUUCCACGACUAGCAACAACUUCGAUAUCUGGACUAAUCUGAGUUUCCUGAGGAGUCAAUAGAAUGACCAGGUCGUCUAAA